UUAGUUUACAAUUAGUUUAGAGCAUAAAAAGGCAAUAACCGUGAAAUAAAAGGUCUGUAUAAAUAUAUCCCGUUGCUAGGCACAGGCAACCCUUUCAUCAACCGUAGUUGGGCGGAGGUAUGAAGCAUACUCCAGUAAAGCAGUGUCACAAUGACUGCACAAAUACCAUAUCACACGUUUUACUUAUCAGCGUGACAAUUUAAUUUCAGAUAAUAUUUAUUAUUUGGUUUAUAUAAACAUCAAAAAUUCUCGAUAACGGCAUUUUAAUAGUACUCUUCUCAUUAACACGUACCGAAUAUAAAAUGGUUGAACCGACAUUUGAAGGUUCGAUUGGUGAUAUAAAUCAACGUCAACUUGAAUUCAUCAAGAGUGUGAUAGAGGAAAAUGGAUUUGGUGGAGCAAAAGUUAACGUGGAAGUGGUGGGUAAAGCUGAUGACAAUUAUAUGGCCACUGUGAAAAGGAUCACAGCAGAAAAAGAUGGAAACACGUUUAAAAUGGUAGCCAAAAUAGCGUCAUCUGUGGAGCAACUUCGUAUGGCCAUGAACACAGCAAUGGCAUUUCGUAAUGAAAGUGUGAUGUAUACUGAAGUCUUUCCAAAGUUCACGGACCUUGAAAUCACUGCAGGCGUGCCUAAAAGUGAAAGAUUGAGAUACGCAGCUUGUUACGGAUGCCUAUUGGAAGAACCAAAUGAAGUUAUUUUACUUGAAGAUUUGAAAGAGUCCAACUACGUAAUACUUGACAAAUCCAAAUCACUAGAAAAUGAAGCCAUAAAGUUAAUUCUCAAAAAUUUUGCUCGCUUACACUCUUUGUCGUUCGCCUUGAUGCAUAUUGAUCCUCAGACAUAUACCGAAUUUAAAGGAAAAGUUAUAGAUAUUUGGCAGGCGGGUCCAAAUAUCGAGCAAAUGACGACGUUCUUAGUUGAACUUGAAACUGAAUUAUUGGGAAUUUUGGACGAUGAAAAAUAUAGGCGACCUUUUAGGGGUCUGAUAUCCAAUAUGUUUGCUCUUUCCAAAAAGUACCAAGAACAUGAAAAAUAUUCCGUUAUAAUUCAGGGUGAUCCUUGGACUAACAACAUUAUGUUCCAGUUACAGGACGACAAACCAGUGGAAUGUUGUAUGAUUGAUUACCAGAUUUCCAGGUUUGGCAACCCAGCCAAUGACCUCCACUACAUGAUAUUCAAUUGCACUGAUUACGAAACGAGAAAGAAACAUUACUUAGAUUGGAUCGACUACUACCAUACCGAGUUGGACCACUGUCUUGACAACUUUGGUCUUAAGGUCAACUUUAUUUAUCCAAAGGACAAGUUUGAUGCUGACUUAAAGAGGUAUUCAAAACUUGGUUUAGUGUUGUCAGCAAUGUUAGGCAAUGUUUUGGUUAGAAAAAGCGAAGAUGCAGUUAAAAUGAAGGAAAACAUGCAAAAAAACCUUGGUGGCGAUAUAGAACAGUUCAUAGAAUCUGGAAAGGUAACUAAUUUAGAUGACAAUACUAUAUAUAAGUAUAAAAAGAGGAUGGAAGGAGUAAUUGACAGUUUCGCUGAACUCGGAUUUAUCUCGGUAUAAACACAGGUUAUAAAACUAAAUAAAACUCAAAUCAACUUUAAUUAAAAACUAUGACUUAU